AUGAGCAAAAUCGACACCCGUCUUAAUGUCUCCCCAGUGCCUCCGGAUGAGAUCUUCGCCCUGAACGGAGCCUACGCAGUCGAUCCCCACCCGCAGAAAGUUAGCUUGGGCGUGGGUGUCUACCGGACAGAUGAUGGAAAGCCAUGGCCCCUUCCCGUCGUGCAAAAGGCCGAGAAGGAGCUGGUGGUAGACGACGACCUCUUCCGCCAUGAAUACACUGCGAUCGAGGGCGAUGUGCCUUUCCUGAGGAAUUGCGCGGGAUCUGAUGGCAAGCAGGGCGAAGAAGAGGCCAAGGCACGCAUUGGUUCCGUGCAGACCGUCGCCGGCACCGGUGCCAACCAUCUUGGCGCCCUGUUCCUUGCUCACCACAUGAAGCCCCCCACCGUCUGGCUGUCCAACCCAUCCUGGGCCAACCACCAGACCAUUUGGGAGCUGGCCGGAGUGCCCCGCAAGACAUACCCGUACUACCAUGCUGCAACCCGGUCCUUCGACUUUGAGGGCAUGAUGUCCUCCCUCGAGUCCGAGGCGCAGGAGGGCGAUGUUGUGCUGCUGCACGCCUGCGCGCACAACCCAACCGGCCUGGAUCCCAACAAGGAGCAGUGGGUUGCCAUCGCUGACCUUUGCGAGCGCAAGAAGCUCUUCCCCUUCUUUGACUCAGCCUACCAGGGCUUCGCCUCGGGCUCUGUUGAGGAGGACGCUUGGGCCGUCCGCUACUUCUUCAACAACAAGCCGGACAUGGAGAUGUGUGUGGCACAGAGCUUCUCCAAGAACUUCGGCCUGUACGGCCAGCGCGUUGGUGCGUUCCACUACUGUACCAACCGCGCCUCAACCACCCUGCGCGACAUCGUUGUGAACAACCUAUGCCACCUGAUCCGUGGCGAGUUCUCCAUGGGCCCGCGUGUUGGCUGCAGCAUCGUUAAGAAGGUUCUUACCAGCGAGGAGCUUACUGCCGACUGGCACCAGGACUUGCAGGUCAUGAGCUCGCGCAUCAAGACCAUGCGUAAGGCUCUGUACAAUGAGUUGGUCCGUCUGCAGACUCCGGGCACUUGGGAGCACAUCAUCCAGCAGAAUGGCAUGUUCUCUUACACUGGCCUUACCCCCAAGCAAGUCUACGCCUUGAAGGACAAAUACCACAUUUACCUGCUUAAGUCAGGCCGAGCAUCUAUCAGCGGCUUGAGCCAAAAAAACGUCGCCUACGUCGCACAGGCGAUUGACGAUGUCAUUCGCAACGAGAACUAA